CUGACACACCUCAGCAUCUGCAGAACAAGACUGUAUAGUGGCGUAUGCAAUGAGUACUCAUGCAAAUGUUUAGGCUUAUGGCAGGCGCUAUCAUUAGCGCUGUCAAACAGUUUUGUUGUGGUGAACUUCGCAAUUGCCUACGCUUUUGGUCUAUGGCUUAUACGAAAUGGAUGGAGUAGACCGUUUACUGUUUUCCAAGUGAUAGAAGCAUUGAACAUGGCGUCAAUGAGUGUGAUGAUGGCUGCCUCAUAUUUCCCCGAGUAUAUUCGUGCCCGAAUCUCGGCCGGUGUUAUGUUUACAAUGAUGCGACAACGCCCAAAAAUCGACAAUAUGAGCCAUCAAGGAGAAAAACCGGCACUCAAAGGCGAUAUAUCACUGAGGAAUGUAUAUUUCGCGUAUCCUGUGCGGACGACGACAGCUCAUCCUCCAAGGAUUGAACAUGAGUGUCCGUCACGGACAGACUGUGGCACUUGUAGGAAGCCAGUGGUUGCGGGAAAGAGUACUGUGAUACAACUCGUGGAGAGAUUAUUACGAUGCAUUGUGUGGCACCGUGGUGAGUUCUGUCGAGCAGUACUUCAUUGCAUUUUUAUAGCAUCGACACAUACGAUAUACGUGACCUUUCCAUCCGUUACGUCAGGAGACAACAUGGCGCUAGUUGGACAGGAACCGACGCUCUUCAACGUGACAAUACGUGAGAACAUCAUGUACGGUCUGGACAAGUGUUCCCAAGAAGAAAUGGAAUAUGCAGCACGUCUGGCCAAUAUCCACGAUUUCAUCGUUAGCCUUCCCGAGAGCUACAGUACGGUGGUCGGAGCAAAAGGUGGACUGCUGUCAGGUGGACAAAAGCAGCGUAUUGCCAUUGCUCGUGCUAUCGUCAGAGAUCCGAAGAUACUGCUGCUCGACGAGGCUACUAGUGCCCUAGACACAGAGAGCGAAAAGGUGGUGCAAGAAGCCUUGGAUCGAGCACGACAAGGAAGAACUUGCUUAGUUAUAGCUCAUCGGUUAUCUACCAUACAGAAUGCCGAUCUUAUUGUUGUGUGUCGUGAUGGAAGAGUGGCCGAACAUGGAACACAUCAAGCAUUACUGGCCAGGAAGGGGAUCUACUACAAGCUCGUCGAGAGACAAAAUCGCUAA